AAAGUCCGCGGUCACACUGCAAACAUGGCGUCGUCGUUUGGUUGAUUUUUUGUUGUUGUCUAAGAAAAUGCAGAAAUUUUGCACUGAAAUUGUGUGAAAUGUGAGAUUGAUUAAAGUGAUAGGCCCAAAGCAUGCAAAUUGAGCACCCGAUCCGCAUUUCCAGCAUUGUAGCCAUCGCAUCGAGAGCAACGUUGCCACGGGACUGGCCCUGGGGAUAUGGCUGCGGCGGCUGCAGCACCUGCGAACUCAAACGCACCUGCACCUCCGUCGGGCGUUAGCUCUGGCGCAACGGGAGUCGGGGCCAUAAGCGGCGCCCAGUUUCGCGAAAUACACAAGAAUACGUGGUUGAAAAGACUGACGACCGAUGGAAAGAAACUAACCGUCGGACCCAAGAAAUCAGAGUGCAGCUGGGUGGUGUUCUGCGUGCACGAUGACACGGAGGCCCUGCUGGAGGGCUAUGCAGAGCCGCGCCAGGCAGCCGGCCACAUGCCAGAGUGGGCGGUGUCAUUGCGGGAGACGCUGCACAUAUCGCACGCCCUGAUCCCCAAUUCGCACGAGUUUGAAUUUGUUGUAACGCUUAGCAAUGAAGUGUUGCGCUUUCAUGCCGUGUCAUGGGUGCAAGAAUGCAAGAAUGGGUGGAAACGCUGCGUUCGAAGUUGCGCGAAAUGAAAAUUCUGUCGCCGCGCGAAAACCUCUAAACAAAGUUACCUGAAGUUCGCGCCCCCUUGCUGCCCACACGGGAUCCCACAUCCCCGCUGCCGCCGCCCCCCCCAGUGCCGGCGGCCCUAGUGCCGGGAGUGGAGCGUGUCGUUGCUGCUCAUCAACCGCACCCGCAGACGCAGCAUCAUCUGCCAGCAAGUGAACAGGCAGCCUUAAGUCCUGCUUCCACUCCGGUUCCAACUGCGGCUGCAGUACCACCAGCCACAGCCAUGUCCAACACAUUGACCCAGCAUCUGCUCAACAUGCUCUCCGAUCCCAUUAGCACCUACAGCGAGCAAGUAAGCGAGACCGCGACGGCGUCAGUGCUCCCCAAUAGACCCGAAGACGAGGAGCAGGCCACCGAUGAGCCCCAGCAAUUGAACUCUGCCAGUGAUGCGGACGUGAACCUCUCUGAUGAUGAAUUCCUGUCGCCUCUUCUCCGAAGGGCCUGCGUCCUCACGGACAAUGGCGUGCGGGUCGAUGUUGUGGCAGCCACAGCACAGCGUGCCUCUGCGGAUCAAAUCUUAAAUCUGGAACAUAUGCUGCAAUGUGAACGCCUAAUACCCAGGUUCAUACUUUGGACUUUGUAGACUGUGCUGCGUCGGCUGUGGGUCCUGCGGACCCUGCGGCGGCCCCUGUUGCAGUCCUUGCUGUGGACCGCGUUGUGGAACAUCCUGCUGAGCGAUGGCCCAUGUUCGUCGAAUCUAAAAAGCCAGUCAUUUUUGUCGGACCAGCGACGACUAGCGUUUCUCCUGCUUUUUGUGGAUCAAUCCUUGGCGAUGGCAGCCCUUCUUGAUGGCAGUUUUGUGCUUUCUCUUGUUUGCUCUUACGUUAUUUGCAUCAUCUUCAGGUGAUUUUUUAUUAAUGCCAACCAUUUUAGAGAUUUUUGUAAUAUGUAGUUUACGACAUAUUGCAAAAAUCUCUAAAAUGGAUGGCAUAAAAAAAAAAUCACCACAAGAUGUUGGAUAUUCCGUUACAGCAAGCAAAAGCAGGCCCAAUACUUCCAUCGAAGAGGAAUGCCACCGCCAAAGAUAGAUAAAAAGGAAGCAGGAGAGGAGCUACUGCCGGAGGCGCGACGCGAGUCCUCCGAGGCCGAGGAGACGGCGGCCGACGACUUGAUGAUGCGUGGUGGCUCCACGACCAGAUUGAGCCUACAGUAAGGGCGUUGCGAUCUGCACGCUUUCGAGUGGAGACUUUCGAGGCUUUGCUACGAGCCUUCUCCGACGCUUUUAUAUGACCACCUCCUCGGUGAUUUGCAGAAACUGGAUGCCGGCUGCCAAGAGUAAUAAAGCUGGAGUCAGACGAA